UUAUUCAUCAACUCGUGCGCGCCUUUAUUUGUUUCUCCAUUUGCGAAGGAAGCUGAAGUGGAAAUAGUAAUAAGGCCAUGGUGAAUUGGUUCAGAUAAGGAAGAUGACAAUUCAAUCAAUGCCUUCAAUCUGCCGCCCAUGCAUUUCUCUCUUCCAUUUCAUCUCUUUCAAUUCUCAUUAUCCUCUCAUUCCUGCAAUUUCUCCACCCACUAGAAGAGCUCUCUCUUUCUCUGCACUCAUAUCCACCGCCAUUUCAACCUUGCCUUCCUCCUCUUUCGCCGCUCCUUCCAAAUCCGCCGCACCGAAUUUCUUCGACCUCCCGGACUCGGCCGGCGUCAAGGCACUGGAGCUUCGCAUUGGCUCGGGUGAAACCCCCCUUCACGGAGACCAGACCAUAUUCUUUAUAAGGAGUAUUCAUGUGAAGGUUGUGGUUCAUUACUACGGAAGGUUGGCAGCAAAACAGGGAUGGCGCUUCGACACAACAUAUGACCACAAAGAUGAAAAUGGGGAGCCCCUUCCUUUUACGUUUGUUCUUGGCUCUGGGAAAGUUAUUGCGGGAAUGGAAGCAGCUGUGAAAUCCAUGAAAGUUGGUGGCAUCCGUAGAGUCAUCAUUCCACCAUCCCAAGGAUAUCAGAAUACGUCUCAAGAACCCAUUCCACCCAAUUACUUUGAUAGGCAAAGGCUAUUUACCACCAUUUUUAAUCCAACACGUUUGGCAAAUGGUGAAGGUUCGAGCCUUGGGACUUUGAUAUUUGACAUUGAGCUACUUCAGAUAAGGCAUCUCACCAAUAAGUUAGCAUCUCCAGGUUCUUGAAAACACAUCAAUUCUACUUUUUUUACACCACUUUUAUUAUAUUUAGGUUUUCUGCAUCAUAUGCUAGCUACCAUGGUGAAUCCAAAACUUCAUAGUAGAGAGCAUAAUUGUUUAUAAUAUUAGAAGUUAGUUUAUGUACUUCUAAAUCUGUGUCCAUAUAUAUAUAUAUAUAUAUAUAUAUAUAUAUAUAUAUAUAUAUUUUAGUACAAAUGAGAGUGGAAGGUCUAAACUACGUACAUUUUGAACAUCAACAUAUAUAGGUGUAAAUUGAGGUAAACUCUUGUCUAUGUAUAUGGUCACUGGACUUUAAAAUGUGUAUAACAGGUUUUCAAAAUU